GGCGCGGCGACGAGGCGGGGACUUGCUGCUCCCAGGGAGGCGGCCGGGGCCUAAGGCCCGCUCGCCGCUCAGCGAUAGGUGGCUAAGGAGAACCGGUGCGCGCCUGCGCAGGAGGCGGCGGCGGCGCUGGGCAGUGAAGUUGGUCAAAGCGCCGGGGAUAAGAUGGAAAGAAAGUUAGACGAGAAUGAAAAAUCAUCCAUGAUAUGGAAACCCUCUUUCAGCCCUAACUGUGAAAUCACAACCGUGACUCCAUAAACUGCUGUCAAAGAAGGGUAUUGUCAGUCUCCUCAGGAAAGGCUGCCGUAGUUGAGCUGGCAAGUUUUCUUCCAGCCCACCACAGUCCCCAGAGAAAGUGAGCCUAGCGAGUACAAAUCCACUGCACUGGAAACAGUUCUAGCAGGAUAUACCAACGCUUAAAUUGUAUUUGGGCACCUAGAUGUGACUAUGAUUGGCAAAAUGGAAAUGCAUGUAUAGAUUGUUAUUGGAAUAAACAUUUGAUUGAGUAUAGGGGGAAUAUAUGUAUGCACAUGCAAAAGAAAGCAGGUUUAUGUCCCACUGAGCAACAUUCCAAGGCCAUCACCCCUGUGCAAGUGCAUAAUUGGAAAGCCCAGAAAAGCAAUAGGAAUUUACAAUUAAUAAAAAGGUGAUCAAAGCUAUUUUACAAAGAGUCCAAAUUAGGCCUCAUCUUGCAACAUCUGUUUUUAAUAGGUGAUAUAUUUUAACAAUUUUUAAAGUGGUGGUGAUGAGGCAGAUUGUAGUUUUCAAGUCAGAGUACAUAAAGCAUGUCACCUCAUUGUGACCUAUUACAAAAUAUACAUACUAUGUUGCGAUCAUUUAGAAAGAAGACAUGCUAGAAAAAAUGAUUUCUAUAUAUCUUUUUUAAAAAUAAAGACUCUGUUCACGUAUGUAAUUUAAACUGUAUUUUGGAGAACAAUUCUGCAUUGGCAGAGAGGUAAAGUGAAUGAUCUUUUUCCACCUCUGUCCUUUUGAAUCAGAAAAGAGACACAGGUUACUUGAAGUUUGUAGACCUUAUAUAUAUGACAUAACUUUUAGUUUGCAGUGUUGUAGCCAUGUUGUCCCAGGAUAUUAGAGACAAGGUGGAUGAGGUAAUAUCUUUUAUUGGACCAACUUCUAGUGGUGAAAGCUUGUAUCUUUCACCACCAGAAGUUGGUCUAAUAAAAGAUACUACGUCACCCACCUUGUCUCUAAAAACUUUUAGUUGUCAUAGUUGUAUCACAGAUUCCUAUUGUGAAGUGACCCAGCACUAAAUUAAUUGUAACUUAGAAAGACUCUUGUUUAAAUGUCUACACAAGAUUUUAUUGUAGUAAGAUUUGAUAUAUUUCCACUUCAAGGAAAAUUUAGGAUUUUUAAAAAUAUAAAUAGAUGUACACAGUAUCUCCAGUAGGGAAACAACAAAGAUAAUUUAACAUGUCCUCUGAAAAAUCAAUUGCAAUUAUUUCUGUGGCUAUAAAGGUGUUCCCAUUUUAUGAGUAUCCUUUUCUGUAGUUUUUCAAUAUUUAGAAAAUAACUUUAUGAAGGAACUUUAUGAAGGAAAGAAUGAAGUCUGUAUCUUCUGCAUAUGAUGCACUUCUUGUCUUAUAUGACCAUCUGCAAUAAUUUUUUAAUGAUAUGACUAUAUGUAGAGUGUGUAAAAGAGAUAAGGGUGGACUAGAAGAUGUAUGAAUGUUUAUACUGUAGUGUCACAUUGAACAUGAAACAGUGAUGUGCAGUAGAAUACAUCAUAACAGCUUGUUCUAAUAAUCAGGGAUCAGCAAGUCAAUGCGUCACUUUACACUGUUGACUUAAAUACUAGGGUGAGCAGAUGAUGAUGUGUUUACCCAGAUAACUUAGUUAUCUACCCAGAAACAUAACUUGUACUAACUAUGAUGAGUAAAACAGAUGUAUUGAAACCCAAAGAGAGUUUGAUUUUUAAAAAGUUACUUUAAGUACAGCAGAGAAUAAUGGUAAAACACAUUGGUAGCAGAUUUUUGCUCUCUUUCAAACCUCUUUCCCCUCAUUCCUGUAUUCUUCAGAAGUAUACUCUGGGAAUGUAGAGCUAUGGUUUGCCGCAACUCAUUGCCAUUGAGAAAAACAUUUCAUGUUUCGUAUAAGCCCUAUUUUCUACUGAAUAACAAAGUAACCAAUUACAUUGGUUAAUAUAAACAUCUCUUCUAUUGUCAGAACAUAUUAAAGCUUUUGAUUAGAUUUACAAUAACUUUUUGGAAACUCAUAAUAAUGAGUAAAUUUCUUGCUUGGCUUCUUUACCAGUUUUAUUUUCCUUUGAGCUCACUUUUUCUGAAAGCAACAAUGAACAGUUCCCAGUGUUAAAAUUGAAAAGUGCUUUGUAACUUUAACUGUCUUAAAUAAUUAACUGGAAAACACUAUUGUUCACUAGCACUAGAAAUUAAUUAGGAAAACUCUUAAGUCAACUGUUAAACUUUUCAGAUAUUUCUCAAGGCCUUUAUUUACAGAAUCUCUGAUUUUUGUAUGAUUCAUACCUUUGAAAUGUAUUUUAUCAUUAAUGGUAGACUUAUUUUCAGCAAAUAGACCCAAUUGUCAUAACAAUAGUAUUUUAGAGUUUAUAACCAAAUAAAUUCUGAAUUUAAUGGGAAAUAUCUGGAGAUCAAACAGUUUUCGUACAAAACAAUUGUGUGUACAUGAGCAGUAACACAAAUUUGAAUUUAUUGUUGCCAGAAUAUUUGCUACUAAAAUGUACAUACAGAUGCUGUCAUUUCAGUUUCCAGAAGUGCUGCCUUUUUAACUGCAGAAGAGCAAGGCUUUGUCUUCCUUUAAUUCUGAAGUGAAAGUUGUCACACACGGAGAAAACUAAACCCCUUUAAAAGAUAGGCAUUAGUAGUAGAAUGCUGAAACAAACUUCUGGAUUAGCUUCAUUGGCUUUCCUGCUUCUUUUGCAUCCCAAAGCAUAAGCUUAAAUCGUCUCAGAAGGACAAGGUCCGCCAGUUUAUGGCAUUUACCCAGGCUGGUGAAAGGACUGCUAUAUAUUGCUUAAUGCAGAAUGAGUGGAAACUAGAAGUGGCAACAGACAACUACUUCCAGAACCCAGACUUGUACUACAAAGAAUCCAUGAAAAAUUCAGUAGACAGAAAGAAAUUAGAACAAUUGUAUAACAGGUACAAAGACCCACAGGAUGAAAAUAAAAUUGGUAUUGAUGGAAUUCAGCAGUUUUGUGAUGAUUUAAGCCUGGACCCUGCCAGUAUCAGCGUCUUGGUCAUAGCAUGGAAAUUCAGGGCAGCCACUCAAUGUGAAUUCAGUAAAAAGGAAUUUGUAGAUGGCAUGGCAGAGUUGGGGUGUGACACCACAGACAAGCUAAAAGCUGUAUUGCCAAGAUUGGAACAAGAGCUAAAGGAUCCAAUAAAGUUCAAAGAUUUUUAUCAGUUUACCUUUACCUUUGCUAAAAACCCUGGACAAAAAGGUUUAGAUUUAGAAAUGGCAAUUGCAUAUUGGAAUUUAGUCUUAUCGGGAAGGUUUAAAUUUUUAGAUCUUUGGAAUAAAUUUUUGUUGGAACACCAUAAAAGAUCAAUCCCAAAAGAUACUUGGAAUCUUCUGUUAGACUUUGGAAAUAUGAUUGCAGAUGAUAUGUCAAACUAUGAUGAGGAAGGAGCAUGGCCUGUUCUCAUAGAUGAUUUUGUGGAAUAUGCACGACCAGUAGUCACAGGAGUAAAGCGUAAAACCUCCUAACCACAGACACUUCCAAAUGGACUAAGUUUGCAGUCUGAACUCUAUCAGGUAAUGAAGACCUUUUCUCCAAUAACUGCACACCGUCACUGGUUUUAAUAGUCGUGGCAAGAUGCCACUGACAAAACUUGAAAUUGCGCCUUUCUGCCUAAAGAAAAUGAUGGCUGACUCAUGGACACAGCAAGAAGAAACUCAAGAUAGCCCAGGCUGUUCAUAGGAUAUUGGCUUCAAUUAUUGUGCUGGUUGUAUCAUAUAGGAUGUAGAUUUUGCAUGAUUUUAUACUUUGGAGAAGUUUAACUAGAAGCCAUUUUAAAGUUUUGACAGCACGGCAUGCCAUUCAGUUCAUGAUCCAAGAUGAACACCAGCAGUUACAUAAUUAAAACUGUAUUAUAUUGUACUUAUAUUAAAAGCAGUAUUUGUGGUAUAUAAAUUAAAUCCCUAAAUAAAACUUAUGUAGUAUGGUGUAUUUUUAUACAAGUCAGCUCUGUGUAAGUAUCUGCCCUAAUAUAAACUUGUAACAAAACACUUACUGACACUUUUUUCUUGGUGCCAGGAUUCUAGAUUUAUAUUUUUACGCUCUCAAAAAUGUACAGACCAUGACUGUUUUUUUCCCCUUGUAAGAGCAACUUCUUCAUCACAGUGUUCACCUGAUGUGUGUGUGGUUAUGUUAGCUAUCAAUAGCAUUGCUGCACAAGGACUGCUCUACAUUGUUUUGACUCCAAGAAUGGUUUGAAUAUGAUUAUUUACACUGUUGAUUGAUUAGUCUUUUUUAAAUAGACCCUAAAACAACCAAAGACACAUUUUUAUAAUUCAUAAUUGAUAGAUAAACAUAAUUCAGUUUUUCUUCAUCUUUACAUUUUCCAUUUACUUUUUUGUAAAUAAUGAAUUGGUGGGAUUUGAGGAUUUUAGUAGCCUUCAAUUUACCGUAAAAUAGCUAGGUUCCAUUUAAAUGCAAUAUUCUGUGCAUGCAGUUCCAGAUAUCUCAACCCCAAAAAGGAAGGGGGAAAAUAAACACACACAACCACACUAUGGACAGUAUAUCUUAACUCCCCUUCUCAAAAACCUUUGGCAGGGGGGUGAUUUUUUUUCUCUACAUUAUGAAGCCUCUUGCUUCUUGUUCUAAAUAUUCUGUAAAACAAAUAAUAGUUCUUCUUUGAAUAGUGUCUCGGUGGGUGCUCCACUUCAGGUGCGAAUGUGCCUUAAACCCUUGAUCAGAGAUUUUCCAUUAGCCGUGUUCGUUUGGCCCACACAAGCAUCCUAAAUAUCUUUAAACCUCACACCAAGGCUACAUAGGGUUGUGCAGGCAAUCCACCCUCAGUUCGUUCUCAGUUCCUCCUUGGCCUGAGCUAGACCCCUAAUGCGUCUGCCUGGAGCGUGCCUUGGCUAACUUCUUGUUUAUAGUUUAGUGUUAGCAUUAAAUAGUUGUUAGUAGAUAAGUAGCUUGAGGAUUAACUUUGUGCCUCUCCCUCCCUCUGGGAAGCCUUUCUCUCCUGGCAUGGUGUACUUAGCUCUACAGGAUUCAAACAUCUCCCAGUCAGCGGCAGCCACUCUUAAGUCCACCGCUUGGGAGAGUCGCAUGUCUACUAGAAGGAGACUUCUGCCUGGCCCUUAAAUCCAGGGUAAGGAAGAACCAGGAGAUCAAGUUGAGGCUGCUGCUGAUGGAGCACUCCCUUCGACCUGCUUUAGAGAGUCAUGUCAGGAUAUCCCUGCUUUGGACAUCUGUCUCCAAACAGAUCCAGUGCCCCUUUGACCUCAGCACAGAUCUCCUCUAGUAAGGGGAAGACUUGUGAGGCCACAGUGAAGUCUCCCAAGAAGAGGAGCACUGGCUCCCAUCAUAAGGAGACUGCUCUCAAAAGAUCUUGGUCCCCCACUAAGUCCAUGGUAUCAGAAGCCUCAACCUCUUUGCUUCAUACCAUAGAGGUGAAAGACUCCUCCAAUACCAGUGAGUCCAAAUAGUCCCAGAGUUCUGACAGAGCCCUGGUACUGACUAUAGGGGACAAGGAGGACAAGGAUAAGCACUUCUCCAGCCUAUUACCACGGAGCAUGGCUUUAUCGUUGGCACCUCCCUAGUUGGGACAACCCAAUAUCACACAACCAAAGUGUGUGACACCACCGGUACCUACUUUGGUAUGCUCAAAAUCUAUAGUACUGUCUGCUUCAAUUGCCAAGCACGCUACCAUGGCGGUACCGAUCCUUCGCUUGGUACCACAGGAAUUCAGAUACUCAAAUGACUUAUCAAUGGCUGAUGGACCAGAAUCUCUACUGCUCAUGGGUACUAAAUGCUUCUUGGUAUCAAGAGCCCAGUCUCUGGACUACCAUCGCUCUCUGGUACUGCUGGACUCUCCACCCUUUUCCACUUGUGCUCCCCCAUUGGAGGAUACCCAAGGAGGAGGAAGACUUCCUUCAGUCUCAUCCAGGGUUCUCUUGCACAUCCACAGAGAAAUCUGUUAUUUGACUCCCAUAGGGAAGAUCCUCAGGCUUGACACCAAGGAUGGUGGGUCCAACCCUGGAUGCCACUUUCUCUCCCAUUUGGUUCCUCCCAAUGGCCAUACUGGGAUCCCUGGGCUGAGUACUGAUAGCAACUUGUCAGAUAACCAGUUCUGACACAUUGGAAGGUUAGAGAUGUUCAAUCCUCUACUCCCCAACCAGGUCCCCAAUACAAGGAAACGUUUGAAGAACAGAAGUCUAGGGCAGAUGAAGAAGCCACCCCUCACUCCUAUCUCUUUAUCAUCUCCAGAUGUGGCAGUUAUACCUCCACCACCAUCGAUGGUUGAUGAUUUCCUGCAAUUUCAGGACCUUAUAAAGUGAGUAGCCAGUACUCUUCAAAUACCACUCAAAGAGGUCAAGGAUUUGCAACACAAAUUGCUUGACCUUUUGCAAUCUGCAACACUCACUAGACUUGCACUACUCAUUAAUGAGGCGUUCCUGGACUGAGCAAAGACAGUUUGGCAAACAUCUUGUAACAUUCCACUAACUUGAAAACAGGUGGAUAAAAGGAUUCUGAAUUUUUAUUCUCACAUCAUUCACGUAAUUCUCUGGUGGUGGAUGUGGUGAAUGAGUUGGGUAAGCAACACUACUCUGUCUACCCCAUAUGACAAGGGCCAAAAGCAUUUAGACCUCUUUGGAUGGAAGUCCUAUUCUUCCUCAACUCUGCAGUUUCAGAUCGCAAACUAUCAGGCGGUCAUGGCCAAAUAAUAAUUUCACAAACUGAUACAUUUACAGUCUUUUUAUUGAUUUUCCACAGGAACAGAGGAAACAAUUUCAUGCCAUUAUUGCCGAGGGUCUGUUAUUAGCUAGAACUUCUCAAGCGUUCUUGGAUGCCACAUACACCAAUGCCAGCUCCAUCUGUGUGGUAGUAGUUAUGCGCAGGGUGCAAUGGCUCCAACUCUCAGGGUUUCCGAGAGAGGUUCAGAACACUGUUGAAUGCCUCCCCUUUGAUGGUUGAAAGCCGUUUGCAGAAACCACAGAUGAGUCUCUUCACACAUUGACAGACUCCAUGGCCGUUUUAAGAUCUCUGGAUGCACCAAACCCCCCAUAAAGAGGCAUAUGUUCCAGAGAAAAAAAGCGGCUCCUCCUUCUUCCAAAAGUUCCAAAUCAUCAUUGAAACAACAAUUUUGACCAGUUGGUCAAGGGUUUGAAUCCUCCCACACCUCUGAUUCAGCAGCUUGUAACCCUUUGCCCAUCUCUCCCCUUUUGAAGACUGCUUUUCCCUUUCCAGCAUGCUUGGAGGUGGAUCACUACAGCCAAGUGGGUCAUAAAGGUCAUAACAUCAGGCUACCCUGUCCAUUUUUUAUCCAUCCCUCCCUCUCUCUCUCAAGCCUUUACUGAAGCAAGAAAUAGAUUCUCUUUCAGUUAAGAGCAAUAGAGCCAGUCCCAGCUCCUCACAGGGGUAGGGGAUUCUAUUUGAGAUAUUUCCUUGUGCCAAAGAAGGAUGGAGGUUGGAGACCAGAUUUUGGAUCUUAGGCUAUUAAACAAAUUUGUAAAGUCUCAUAAAUUCAGGAUGGCGACUCUGACUCUGAUAUAAUCCGUAUAUCAGAGGCAGCCGAGAGGUGUCUUGUAGGUCCAGGGCUGAAAACCAACUUCCAUAUAGUGACACACCCUUUUAACAGAAAAUAUCUACGUUCUACUGUAGCCCAGGAACGUUUUCAAUACAGAAUACUUCCCUCUGGCCUUUCCUUGAUCCUACGGGUGUUCUCAAAGGUCCUUGCGGUAGUGGCUGUUUAUCUUCGUCAAGAAGCGAUUUUAGUUUUCCCAUACCUCAACAACUGGCUGCUCAAGGGUCAGUCUUACCAAGUAGUGCUGUCAUCUGCUCAGACAUCACUCUCUCUUUUCCAGGAAUUGGGUCUUCAGCUCAAUGUAAGAAAAUCCACACUGAUCCCUGUACAGAGAAUACAGUUCAUACAGUGUAUUUGAAUUCAAUGGCAGCCAUAGCAUACCUUCCCAUGGAAAGAUUCUUAACUUUAUUCCAUCUAAUCAGGACCAUUGAAGGGAGACUUUAAUCCUCAGAAAGAAACUGUCUACAGCUUCUGGGUCAUAUGGCAGCUUGCGCCUUCAUGACCAAUCAUGCAAGACUAUGACUGCUGCUCCCAGGGCUGGCUCAGAACAAUCUGUUCACAAAUCAGACACAGUUUGGACAAGCAGGUCACAGUCCCUCUCCAUGUAAAGAAGUCCCUAGACUGGUGAAAAGAUCAACUCAACGUUGAUGUAGGCACUCCUGUUGUUCACCCAACUCCAACAAUAAUUGUGACAACAGAUACGUCUUUGCUGGAAUGGGGAGCUCACCUCAGUGCCAUCACAGCUCAGGGCAGAGGGAAACCAGUCUCCACAUCAACCUGUUGGAACUCAGGGCAAUCAGGAAUGCUUGUCUUCAUUUCCUACCCGUCAUCAGGGCAAAUGCAUUAAGAUCAUGACAGACAAUUUGGCCUGCCUGUUCUAUGUCAACAAACAAGGGGGAGAGCAAGAUCCCACUCCUUGUGCACUGAAGCAAUAAAGCUGUGGAACUGUCGUACAGCCCAUCAGAUCCAAAUUUCAACCGUUUACCUCCCUGGAGUUCAGUACACCACAGCUAAUGCCCACAGCAGGUGUUUCUCCAAACGCUCCACCGUAUAUUCCAGAAUUGGGAACUACCAGGUGUGGACCUCUUCGCUGCCAUCAGGAACAAGAAGUAUUGUCUGUUUUUUCUCAAGAAGGUGUCUAAGCUAUCAGUCUCUGGGAGACACCUUUCUCCUAUCUUGCACGAAGAGUCUAUUCUAUGCAUUUCCUCCAGCACUGCGAAUACGGAGACUAAUGAACAGGAUCAGACAUGAUACGGUCAGCAUUAUGCUUAUAGUACCGACCAGGCCGAGACAAACUUGGUAUCCUUACCUGUUUCAGCUGUACAUCCACACAGCAACCAAACUUCGUAUCAUUCCUCAUCUCCUCUCCCCAGACAAGGGUCAUUUACUUCAUCCCAACUUACGGAUCCUCCAUCUCAGGGCAUGGUUCCUUAAUGGUUCGUAUGAUUAGAAUCUACCUGUUCUGUGGAACUACAAUAAAUGUUACUGAAUAGUAGAAAGCAGUCAACCCAAAUUAUUAACCUGCAGAAGUGGAAUAGAGUCAGCCAUUGGUGUCGGUGCCACCGACUCGUGUCUGAAUCCUUGUUGCUUUCAGCUAUUCUGGACUACCUGUUGGACUUAAGUUUGAUUUCUUUAUCAGUUAGCUUAAUUUAAGGUUUAUUUGGCUGCAAUAUCAGCUUUUCAUCCUCCAGUAGAAGGAUUUUCUGUAUUUGCUCACCCUGUGUCUUUAGAUUUAUUAAGGUUUUGGGAAAACUCUUCCCCAAGUUAGGGACCCCACUCCAACUGGGAACUUCAACUUUGUACUUAGAUGUCUCUCAAGACCUCCAUUCAAACCAAGGACAAUCUGCUCUUUGCUUCACUUAUCCAGGGAGGACUGCCUGUUUAGUAGCUAUUAUGUUGGCGCGUGUGGUCAGAGAAAUUGGGGCCUUGAUGGCAGACCCUCCUUCCCACUUUAUGGAGUUAUUCAAGGACAAGGUCUCUUUACGUCCACACCAUAAGUUCUUACCUAAGGUACUAUCAGAAUUUCAUCUUAACCAGUCCAGUUAUCUUCUGGCUUUUUCCAAAACCACAAAAGUCUCAACAGAAGAGUUCUUUUCAUACCUUAGAGAUUAGGAUGACAAUGCCCUUCUAUCUAGACAGGACCAAUCAAUUUCAGAAGUCAUCUAGACUGUUUGUUUCCAUUGUGGUCCAAGACUUCUGCCAAGAGAUUGUCAAGGUGGAUCUCCGUGUGUAUUGUCACUUGUUAUGGUGCAGCUGGUGCUCAAAUCCUCCCUCCCCCCCGCAGGUGACCACACAUUCUACCAGAUCACAACAUCCAGGGCAUAACUCAAAAACAUUCCAGUAUCUUCAGUACAUACGUUUAGUACAUACAACACAAAGUCUUGUUCCAUGCCUCCAGUUCAGGAGCAGCACUUGGUACUGUGGUCCUGUCUUCAGUUCUGGACUCAAUUCUGAAGCUCCCUGCUCCAGGUGACUCCCAAAUAGUAUCUCCACAAGAAGCGCAGCACCCAUAGGGACACUACUCGAAGAAGAAGAGGUUACUCACCCUGUGCAGUAACUGUGGUUCUCUGAAAUGUGUGUUGCUCUGUGUGCUCCACUACCUGCCCUCCUUCCCCUCUGCUUCAGACUGUUCUCUGUGCAACAUUUGGAUGGAGAAGGAACUGAGGGAGGUUCAUUCACACAGCCCUACAUAGCCUCAGUGCGAGGUGCAAGGAUACAUAAGACACAUUCAUAGGCCAAAUGGACCCUGAUAAUGGAAAAUGUCGGAUCCAGGGCUCAAGAGGAGCAUGAGCACCUGAAAUGGAGCACCCAUCGGGAUGCAUGUCUCAAAGAAGCAUAGUUACUCCACAGGGUGACUAACAUCUUCUUAUGGUGUAAAUCCAUGCAAUAUCACUGACUUCAGUGGAGUUGCAUCUGUUUAUACCAAGUCUGAAUCUGGUCAAUCAUGUCUGUUUUCCCAUGAUCUGUACCUUUCCGCAGGUGACCGCUGUGGUUUAGCACAAGGGAUUAAUCUUGUCUUUCUCAACAGUGUCUUCCUAUCCAUAAGCACAAAAAGUGCAGAUGAUAGAGAGGUUUCAUUGGAAAGUAUUCAACAUAUUACUUUAACAUACAGGGCUCUUGUAAACACUACCUCAUCCUGCUGAGUAUGUCGUCAUCAUUGUAAAAGUUUUUGUUAAAGCAAAGAGCUGUUAGUUACUUACAACUAUGAUUGAUCUUUCCUUUAGUCAGAGCUGAAUUGUCACAAGACUCUUAAAGGCAUUAGCUAAUCUUCUGAGCUAUGUAAUUUAUUGAUUGAUUGAUCUUUAGAUCAUAUUCUAUAUCAAUAAUGUAAACAUUUCAUAACCUGUUGUACCAUUUUGCUUCAUCAGUCAUGAAGAUCUGCAGGACUCAUCGUAUUUAAAAAAAAACUCUUAACAUUUUGACUUAUUAAUAAGUACUUGACUUCUAAUAUGUCAAGACAACCUCCAAUAAUAAAGCAUCUCUCCAUAAAUAUCAUGUUGACAAGGGAAAUAUUACCGCCAUUCUUUCUUCCACUUGUAUGAAUUUAAAUUGUGCAUGCUGGUAAAAAGUGGGGAUGGGAAUCUGUAUUUGUCUGAAUCCUGAAAUGUCCUGUAGUAAGUUCCAUAGCAGAAGUGUUCUAACUAAACCAUUGGCAUUUUUUUUAUUGUUCUUAAUCUAGUUUUACCCGUCUUGAGCAUUUGUAAACACAUCUUGCUUGACAGUUUAUCCACUAGAUGUCAGUGUCUCUGUCCUUAGACAACUUUCUCCUAUCUGUAUGGGCAAUUAGUAUAUAAUAUUUAUAGUAACUAAGAAAUAAAACUAUUUUACUUUAACUAACCUCUGAAGCCUCUGCUUAGAAAUACAUUUGUAUGCAUAAUUUAAAUUAUUCAACAGAAAUCAAAUGCAGCUAAAGCAAGAAAAGCAAAAAGGAUUGCAUUGUUUUUACAGAACCAAAUAGGUGAAUAGUCUGUAGCCAUUAGAUAUGAAAUGUUUAACACUUUCCAAUAUCCUCAACUAUAUUUAUCCAACCAAAUGCAAUAGCAUAGUCCUUUAUCAAACAAUGUUGACCUGAAAUAUAGUUAUGUACAUUACAAACUAAGCAUGAAUUGCGUUAAUCUAUAGUUCUAUUAUAGGCAACUGGGUAGCUUCCAUUACAGCAGAGCUUGUGAAACAUUUGGUCAUGCUGAACACUUGCUAGAAUCAGUCUAACUGACACCCCUUCCUCUUUUUUUAAAUUCAUGUACUAUAUAAAAUUCAUUUGUAUUAAGGGAAAACAUUUUAAAAAUAUAGAGGUUAUCAUUCAGCUGAGUCUUGCAACCAGGUUGAGCUUGUCUGCUUUUGCCCUUCUGACUCUGAGAGGAAGGGCGUGCUCAGUGCUCCAGAGGAUCUAUAGUUUCCCUGGAGACACGCACCUUUAUCCACCCACUUUUAAGCCUUACUUCUAUUAGGGCUCUUUCUGGAAAACAGAUUCCAUGUAAGGAAGACUGGACAGGAGUUCCACAGUGCAGUUUGUGAAAUUAGCUGGCCAGCAGGCACUUCAUUAUUGCUUAGGUGGAGUACCCCACUUCCUUGUUGCUACUGGUCUUCUGCACCUCUGAGGCUGUGUCUGGAAUUUAGCCUAGAUCCUCUUACAUAAUAGCACAGAACAAUACCUCUUGGCUGUUAAGCCAGAGACAUAUUAAAUAUAAAUAUCUUGCUUUCACAUAAUUACUUUACUUUACCGGUUGCUUUUGUCCUUUGUUCAAACUUAUUCAAAGGGGACUAGCUAUGAUUUGGCAUUUAGGUAAACCGGUAUAUUGAUAACAUCUAAGCUGACCUGUUUAUAACAGAAAAAUUAUACAAAAAGCUGUCAUCAGGUUGUUCACUGCGUACAAUAUUAGUGCCUAGACACACUGUGUAUUUUUUUUAAAGUUGGUGCCAAUUUGUUUGGUUUGACUUGUUAGAAUAUGUUAAAUUAAUCAUGGAGUUUGUACUUGAUAGUUCUAAAUCAAUGUGAUUUAUCAUGUGUCAUGUUAAGGAGAACAAGCCUGCAGGCAUUCACUCAUGCAAUGCACCUCAUGAGAGUCUUGCUGCUAAGUAAGCUGUACAUCUGUAAAUUUUGUGAUAAUGGAAAAAGAAUAAAUAGACUUUCAAUAUAAUGCAUCAAAAACAA